UAGGACAGACACUGGUGGGACUUGGGGUUACAUUGUAACAAUUAUGUUUCCUGUUUCCGGUCGGAACUCUGAUCGGACUGACUGUCGGCGAAUGAGAUAAACAAAGAGCCGGUGACUUUUAAAGAUAUUUAGAAACACUUGCUAACCCUCUUCGUAAACAUGGAGACUGGUCUGAGUCAGGAGAAGAUUGCCUCCUUUGUAAAGCGUUUGCAGGCGGAGCCCAGGUACCUGCUGGCCCAGAAUGUGUCCACGUGCAUCGACCCGUUGGAGGUGUGUCUGCACAGGCAGACGGUCCAGGACACUGUGCACAUAUUCCAGCACUCCAUCCCCACAGAGGGCAAGCCUAUCACCAACCAGAAAAACUCAGGGAGAUGCUGGAUCUUCUCGUGCCUCAACGUCAUGCGCCUUCCCUUCAUGAAAAAGUUCAACAUCGAAGAGUUUGAGUUCAGUCAGUCCUACCUCUUCUUCUGGGACAAGGUGGAGCGGUGCUACUACUUCCUGCAGGCCUGUGUGGAGACAGCCCAGAGGAAGGAGCCUGUAGACGGCAGACUGGUCCAGUUCCUGCUCUCCAAUCCCACCAACGACGGCGGCCAGUGGGAUAUGCUGGUCAACCUCAUUGAAAAGUACGGAGUUAUCCCAAAGAAAUGCUUCCCAGAGUCUCACAGCUCCGAGGCCUCACGGAGAAUGAAUGACAUCCUCAAUCACAAGCUGAGAGAGUACUGUCUAAGACUGCGGAACAUGGUGGCCAGUGAUUCCACUAAAGCCGAGCUGUCUGACGCCAUGGACACCAUGAUUGAGGAGGUCUUCCGGGUGGCGAGUGUGUGUCUGGGCAGCCCUCCUGACUCCGUUUGUUGGGAAUACAGAGACAAGGACAAGAACUUCCACCGCAUGGGCCCCCUGUCCCCUCAGCAGUUCUACAAGGAGCUGGUCAAGCCCCUCUACAACAUCCAGGACAAGGUCUGUCUGGUGAAUGACCCGCGGCCUCAGAACCCCUAUGAGAAGCUGUAUAGCGUUGAGUUCCUGGGCAACAUGGUGGGAGGACGCAACACUCUGUACAACAACCAGCCCAUCCAGCUACUCAAAAAGGCCGCCGCGGACUCCAUCAAAGAGGGAGAGGCUGUGUGGUUUGGUUGUGACGUGGGCAAGCAUUUCCAUGGCAAACUGGGCAUCAAUGACAUGAAUGUGUUCAACCAUGAGUUGGUGUUCGGGGUGUCCGUAAAGAACCUGUCCAAGGCAGAGAGGCUGAUCUUCGGAGACUCCCUCAUGACACACGCCAUGAUCCUCACCGCUGUCACCGACAAGCAGGAGGAAAAGGAUGGGGGUUAUGAGAAGUGGAGGGUGGAGAACUCCUGGGGGGACGACCGUGGGAAUAAAGGUUACCUAAUCAUGACCGACGAGUGGUUCUCUGAAUACGUGUACGAAGUGGUCGUGGACAAGAAGUACCUGGCCCCCGAGGUGCUGGAAGUAAUGCAGAAGGAGCCCAUCGUCCUUCCUGCCUGGGACCCAAUGGGAGCCUUGGCCUUGUAACUAUGGAAACAGAGGGUGCCACCCCAUCUCACCCGCCUGGUCUCAACCCUGGUCUGUUUGACUCCGCCCCAUCUCUCUGGUUUUACUCCUCCAUUGACUUCCACCCACCACAGCCUGUUCUCUAGACAAAUAAUAAAAGUUUGUUUUUUUUACUGGAAAAA